AUGUCUAAGAAGGAUCUGAAAGAUUCAAAGUCUCCAGUUUCGGAGAGGUCUCCUCUGUUGACUUUCGAAUCAAAUUCAAAUGCCACGCCUACAUCCUCACUGAGAGACUCUGUGAACACUGCUCUGGAAACGACAAUUUUCUUCCAAACCAGACACGAAGGCCAAUUCGAAGACGACCCAGAUGACCCUCCUCCCCCAUACUCUUUCGAAGCACCUCCUCCGCCAGUGGAAUCUGAAAGCUUCAGCAAGUCCUUCGAAGCAAUUGAUAACAAGUACAAAGAUUUUCCAUUUGUGCUUCUGUUUUUUGGUUUCGUGGCUGGAUUUGUGUUUUUGGCCGUGAAAUCUUUGCAGAAUCUGAUGUCUAGAGAUAGCUACUACACAAGGUUAUUCCAGCUGUUUGGCGCUGGUUAUGGAGACGACUACGGAGACUACAAACCGCAGCAUCGCUUAUUACUGGUCUUUCUUGUUUUGCCAGUGAUUUCCUCUAUAGGAGGAUUGGUUUGCGCCUAUAUCACGCCCUAUCACUUCAUGAUGACUGCUUUACUGUCCAUCCCCAUCAGUUGUCUGAGUGGUGCUUUGAUUGCACUUGGCCACGGGUCGGUGCCCGGAAUGGUAUUUUCCGUUGUAACUGCUCUGGUGGCUUUUUUGAUCGUUUCCAAGUAUUCUGCUCGGAUAAAGUUCUCGGCGGUCAUUCUGAAGAUCGUUAUUCAUGUGUUGACAUGGCACCCUGGUUCCUGGUUCGUUGCUCUCUUUGGCUCGCUAUUCACCGGUUUUGUGUUUGUGAUUUAUGCCAUCAUGGUUGCCAUUGUAGCAGCUGAUCGCUACGAAAUAGACAGCAAGGAUAGGUACAACUACGAUGGAGAAAAGAAGUGGCUCUUUUCUAGCGAUACCGGGUUCAUCCUGGCCUUCUGUCUCUUCACCUGCUACUAUACCUUUGAGGUUAUCAGAAACGUAAUCCAUGUCACUAUUAGUGGCAUUUACGGAACUUGGUAUUAUUUUUCCAAGUCUUCAAAAUGUCCCAGAUAUCCUGCUCUGGGCGCCUUCAACAGAGCCGUGACUCACUCGUUCGGAUCCAUCUGUAUGGGCUCUUUGGUUUCGGCUGCCAUGAGGUUCACCACCAAGGUCCUGUCCUUCAUCAGAACCAAUAGAGAAUACAGAGAAGCCGGAAGCCUGGUUUUAGACGUUCUAGUCUACGUUGCCUCAUUCUUUUACAAGAUGCUUCAGUUUUUCAACAACUUCUCUUACUCCUACAUUGCCCUGCAUGGAAAGGACUAUGUUACUUCUGCUUACGAUACCUACCAUCUACUAACAGUUCGUGGAGUCAUGACGGUGUUUUCAGACUGUGUCAUUGAGGUCACUCUCAACUUUUACGUUUGGGUGGUUUCCAUUCUAAGCUCUUUCAUCGUGUAUAUAUUUUUGAAGUACAUCGAGCAGGAAGUCGAUGCCACCAGAAUCACCAUAUUUGUGCUAGGUGAGUUCUUCAUCAGUCGCCUUAUUUGCAAUGUGACACUUUCCACGCUUACGAGUGGGUUUUUCACUCUUUUGGUGGUAUUGGCAGAAUCUCCAGAGAUCUUGGAAAAGAGCUAUCCGGAGUACUAUGAACAACUGUGCUCCUACCAGCCAAAGCUUAGAACCAGCUUGCACGUUGCGAUUCCUUCAUCACCAGGUGUUUGA